CGGGAACAAGAGAGGAGUCCCAGAAAGAGAGGGCAGGAGGGAGAGAAGAGAGGCAGAAGGAAAGUGAGCGAGAAAGAAAGGGUUCCGGAUUGGAGGGGAGAGCGAGGGAGGGAGGAAGGCGGCCAGGGAGGCGAAGGGGGGGGGCCUCGGGAGGGUGGAAGGAGGGAGGAGAAGGGCGGGGCACGGAGGCCCGAGCGAGGGACGAGACUCCGACUCCAGCUCUGACUUUUUUCGCAGCUCUCGGCUUCCACUGCAGCCAUGUCGCUCCUCUUGCUGGUGGUCUCGGCCCUUCACAUCCUCAUUCUCAUCCUGCUUUUCGUGGCCACCUUGGACAAGUCCUGGUGGAUUCUCCCUGGGAAAGAGUCCCUGAAUCUCUGGUAUGACUGCACGUUGAACAAUGAGACCAAAACAUGGGCCUGCAGUAACGUCAGCGAGAAUGGCUGGCUGAAGGCGGUGCAGGUCCUCAUGGUGCUCUCCCUCAUCCUCUGCUGUCUGUCCUUCAUCCUGUUCAUGUUCCAGCUCUACACCAUGCGACGAGGAGGCCUCUUCUAUGCCACUGGCCUCUGCCAGCUUUGCACCAGCGUGGCGGUGUUUACCGGGGCCCUGAUCUACGCCAUUCACGUCGAGGAGAUCCUGGCGAAGCACCCGCGAGGGGGCAGCUUCGGUUACUGCUUCGCCCUGGCCUGGGUGGCCUUCCCCCUCGCCCUGGUCAGCGGGAUCAUCUACAUCCACCUGCGGAAGCGGGAGUGAGCGCCCCGCCUCGCCGGGCAUCCCCUACCGGCUCCUGGCCCCACGCCGCGCGCCCUCCAGAAAAAUAAAACUGUUUGACCGCGGG